GGGAGUCAUGUGAUUCUGAGGCUCUUCCGCCGAGUUUAACUAGUUGUGGCUGUAUGUUCCGCUGUUGGGGACCUCCGUGGGGCUGGGUCCCCUGUGCCCCAACCCCAUGGCUCCUUUUGAGUCUACUUGUGUGUGCAGCUCCAUUUGGCCUGCAGGGAGAAGAGACUCGCCAGGUAUCUAUGGAGGUUAUCUCCGGCUGGCCAAAUCCCCAGAACCUGCUUCAUAUCCGGGCAGUGGGCAGCAACUCCACCCUGCACUAUGUAUGGAGCAGCCUGGGGCCUCCAGCUGUGGUGCUGGUGGCCACCAACACCACUCAGAGUGUCCUGAGCGUCAACUGGAGUCUCCUGCUGUCUCCUGAUCCUGCCGGGGCCCUGAUGGUGCUCCCCAAGAAAAGCAUCCAGUUUUCUUCCGCUCUUGUCUUCACCAGGCUGCUGGAGUUUGACAGCACCAAUGUGUCAGAGGGGGCACAGCCCCCAGGAAAACCAUACCCUCCGUACUCCUUGGCCAAGUUCUCCUGGAACAAUAUCACCGACUCGUUGGAUCUUACCACCCUGAGCACAGUUUUUCAAGGCCACCCUGUAGAUGACCCUACUGGAGCAUUCGUCAAUGGCAGCCUGACCUUCAAGGUCCAGGCCUUUUCUAGAUCUGGUCGACCUGCUCAGCCCCCUCGUCUCCUACACACAGCAGAUGUCUGCCAGCUAGAAGUGGCCCUGGUUGGAGCUUCUCCUCGUGGAAAUCACUCCCUAUUUGGUCUAGAGGUAGCCACUUUGGGACAGGGCCCUGACUGCCCCUCAGUGAACGAACGGAACUCCAUCGAUGAUGAAUACGCACCUGCCGUCUUCCAGCUGAACCAGUUGUUGUGGGGCUCUUCACCAUCUGGCUUCAUGCAAUGGCGACCAGUGGCUUUCUCUGACGAGGAGCGGGCCCGAGAAUCAGCCCUCCCCUGCAAGGCUUCCACUCUUCGCCCCGCCUUGGCAUAUUCUCUCCCUCAUUCACCAAUUGUUCAAGCCUUCUUUGGGUCUCAGAACAACUUCUGUGCCUUCAAUCUGACCUUUGGGGCUCCCACAGGCCCUGGCUACUGGGACCAAUACUACCUUUGCUGGUCAAUGCUCCUGGGCGUGGGCUUCCCUCCAGUGGAUGCCUUCUCUCCACUAGUCCUCGGAAUCAUGGCAGUGGCCCUGGGAGCUCCAGGACUCAUGUUCCUGGGGGGAGGCCUAUUUCUGCUGCUACGCCACAAGCAGUAUUCUGAGUACCAGUCCAUAAACUGAAACCCACUCUCCAGAGGGAAGGGCAGAACCUAAUCUGCCUUGCCGUGCCUCACACUGUCGGCGGUGGAAGGUCAGUGUUGUGAUCUGCUUUUCUGCAGAACCUCAGAAGCCAGCCUCAACCUAUGGGGGCCUCCCAGGAAGUUGUCCUUCCAGUCCCAUGGAGAGGCUACGAUUACUGCUCCCCACACUCCCGUUUCCUGUGGAUGAAACUUGAAGGCCUACAUGAGUGACUCUUGGCUGCCCUAAGGGGCAUGAAAUAGACAUUUUCCCCCAUACGAGAUUCCAGUCUCUCUUGUUUUUAAAUUAGAAGUAUGUAUUUUAUUAUA